AUGUCGUGGGAGCUAACACCUAAUCGGUCAUGGCCGUUAGUGAAAUAUGUCGAUCUUCGUACCCAACCGUUCAAAACAAUUAUGGGACCUGACCUUUUCGCAUACCUUUAUCGGGAACAGCGAAUGCUGACAAUUAUGCACGGCACAGUACCAGUAGAGAAGAUAUACCUCUACAGUAACCAGCUAACUAUUUUGUACCGUGAGGCAGCUGUGGUGUUCUCAGUCAAUAUAUCCCCUUCUCAAUUGUUAAAGUUUCGAAUACGUUUACCAGGUGUUCCAGACAGAAUCUCCCUCUGUCUUGCGGUUUCUGAGUUUGUUGAGAUCCGCGAAAGUCCGCCGCAGACUCAGAAUGGUUCGCAAAACCAGUUCUCAUCUGGAAAUAGUAAUCAUUCGGAAUAUGUCAACUUGAGUCAGUCCAGUCACAGUCAACCGAGUUCGCUGCUCUUUAAAGAGGCAAAGUACAGCAGCAGUUUCUCUUCUACGGUGAAUUCGUCAGUUGAUUUGGGCAGUCGAAGGAGUUACCCGGGAGCUAAUGGUUAUUCGUAUCAAGGAAGCUGUGAAGAUAUUGGGACGUCGACCUCUGAACAUUACUCCUCAUAUAUUCCAUCAUCGCGAUCAUCGCACAGUCCUUUUCCACCGUAUAUGCAGGUAAGAUUACCAUGUAACUACUGCUAA